GCUUUUGCAUUUCUAUAGUGAUCACCAAAAGCCCAACAUGCCAACGGAACUGGACUCAAAGGAUGGCAUCCUCAUCCGCAUCAUGACGGUGGCCGACUACCAGCCACUGAAGACCCUCAUGAGGGGCAAUUUCUUUAAAGGAGAGCCGCUCGGUGAGCUUUACGAAGAAGAAUGGGUCAAAGAAUACCACGAUGAGUUUUACCUUUCUAAAAUUAAGCAGGGCACCUGCUUGUUGGCUGUAGAUGAGAACAACGGCGGACGCAUUGUGGGCUACGUACUGGCACAUGCUCAGACUCCUGACGAUGUGGAAAAGUAUCGCAAGAAGGCCGCUGCCAAACCGCUCCUCUCCCACAUAACCCAUGUGGAUGCCUCAAUGCGUGGCAAAGGGCUGGGCUCACGUCUGGCUGCCGCUCUGAUGGAAGUUGGCCGCAGUAAGGACUUUCCCCUGAUGGCAGCACACUGCACAAGCUUCUACUCGGCCCGCCUGAAAAAAGCCUUGGGCAUGGAAUGCGUAUACUCGAUAGCCUAUGCCGAUUACAAGGACGCCAGUGGCCAAGUUGUGUUCAAACCAGCUGCACCCCACACACAUUUACGUGUUAUGGUCAUCAAACUCUAAAUUGUGUUAUUGGUAUUAUGUAAAUGAAGCAAUAUUUGAUAUUUAAUUGCAAAUGCA